CUCUCACGAUUCGGUUACGCGUGCGCCGACUCAAGCAGCGCCCCCUGAAAAUCUAUAUCCUGGCGGCAGGAUUAAGACAAAUGUGAAAAAGUGUCACACGAAAGUUGAAGUGCAAACAAGAAAGUGCUAAACGACGCGAGAAUCAAACUCACAAAUAAGGACCUCACUCAAACUCCUUAAAGAAAGUGCUAGCCCUUGGCCAUUUUGCACAGUUUUCUUUUUGGGCGGCGCUUUUCGGGGGAAACUGUUUCGGUGUCGGAAACUGAAGAACUUCCAAGGUUGCGGGCCCAAAAGCUGUUGUGACAUUUUUUUGGCAAAGCAGAAACGCAAUGGCGCCAAAGACGCCGCCAUUUUCACAGCUCGACAAAAUGGCGACAAGGACAUCCACAUCCACAUCCAGUUGGCUCUGCCGCCUGCUGCUAUUCGGCUUUUGCAUUGGCGCCGCCGCCGCCCGAGACAUACGAUCGCCGAUGGACCAGACAGACGUGGCCUUCUAUUGCCCUGGAGAGGGUCUGUUUGCGGACGACUACGAUUGCCGGAUUUAUUACCGCUGCGAGCGGCGUUCGGGGCAGUACAUCCAACCCUAUCUGCUGGCCUGUCCGGAGGACGCGGUCUUUUCCCGCACCCUGCGCAUGUGUUUGCCACCAGCGAUGUCUGGGCGGGAUGAGUGCGUUGACCAGGUGAACGAGGUGGAUGGCGACAGCAUGGAGAAAUGGGAGCAGGACGACUACGGACAGGAUGACCAUAAUGCGAUGCUUAACCUGGCCGUCACACCUGCGGCCAAUGAGCUGCGAACCUAUGCGUCGACCCACCGUCUGCCCACAAAUUACGGUCUGGCUGGUCUCAACGGUGUCUCUGUCAUAUCCUUCUCCAGCUCCUCAUCCCUGCGAGCUGUUGGAUCAGCGGAGGAGGAUGGCAUAAUAUGCCGGGAUGAUGGCUUCAUGACCGAUCCCAGCGACUGCACCGUGUUUUAUCGCUGCAUCUCGAACGGCCGAGGCUAUAACAAAAUCGGCUUCCGGUGCUCAGAUGGCACGGCGUGGGACGAGUCCCUUCAGUCCUGUAACCAUAUGUUUGACGUACGUGCCAACGGAGGAUGCCGCAAUCAAGCUGUUCCACAGAACGACGGUUAUUACGCCGGCCAAACGUCAACACAGUCCUCGCAGACCAGUUACCAGAACUCAACCACAAGCAGUCAACAGAGCUCGUCCACCAGUUCCUCCAACUCCUCUCAAAGUUCCAGUUCAACAUCCAGUUCUACAUCCAACUCCAGCUCAAGUCAGGAGUCCUCUACAUCCAGCAGCAGUAAUCAGUCGAGCUCCACGUCUAGCAACCAUCAGGAGUCCAGCUCGGAAUCCAGCAACAACCAGGAGUCCAAUUCGGGAUCUAGCAGUAAUCAGGAAUCUAGCACGAGUUCUAGCAGCAAUCAAGGCUCAAGCUCUCAAAAUGCUGGCAGCAGCAACCAAAACCAAAGCUCUGGCAGCAAUCAAAGUUCGGGAAGUAGCCAAUCUUCAAACAGUAACCAGAACUCCAGCAACAAUCAGAACCAAAGCUCUCAAAAUUCUGGUAGCAACCAAAGCUCUAGCAGCAGUCAAAACUCGGGCAGCAACCAAUCCUCUGGCAGCAACCAAUCCUCUGGCAACAAUCAAAGCUCCAGCAGCAAUCAGAGCUCUGGAAGUAAUCAAUCCUCCAACAACAAUCAAUCCUCCAGCUCAAACAGCAAUCAGACUUCUUCAAGCAGCCAAAACAACAGUGGAUCUAAUAAACCCGUGCCCACCGAGUGCGAGGAUGAAAAUACUUAUAUUCCGGAUAAAGAGGACUGUGCUAAGUUCUACAGAUGCCGCCAAGAUAAAGACGGAAAAUUAGAGCAAGUGCCUUUCACCUGUGGUCCCGGUACCGUUUGGAACCAAGUGGACAAGGUCUGCGAUCUGCCCACUGAGGAUCAAAAGAAGAAGUGCAACAUUCAAUCGGGUUCCUCGAGUGGUAGUAACAACUCUGGACAGCAAUCUAGUGGUAGCUCCUCGAACAACCAGGGCUCUUCCAACAAUCAAUCCUCAAGCAACCAGAGCUCAUCUAACAAUCAAGGAUCGUCUAACAAUCAAGGAUCGUCUAGCAAUCAAGGAUCGUCCAGCAAUCAAGGAUCGUCUAGCAAUCAAGGCUCAUCUAGCAAUCAAGGCUCAUCAAGCAAUCAAUCUUCCAGCAAUCAGAGCUCAUCCAGCAAUCAAGGAUCGUCUAGCAAUCAAGGAUCUUCUAGCAAUCAAGGCUCAUCCAGCAAUCAGAGCUCAUCCAGCAAUCAAGGAUCGUCUAGCAAUCAAGGCUCAUCCAGCAAUCAAAGCUCAUCCAGCAAUCAAGGAUCGUCUAGCAAUCAAGGCUCGUCCAGCAAUCAAGGCUCAUCCAGCAAUCAAGGAUCUUCCAGCAAUCAAGGCUCAUCCAGUAAUCAAGGAUCCUCAAGCAAUCAGUCCUCCAAUCAAGGCUCGACUUCAUCUUCUAGCAACCAAAGCUCCUCAAGCUCAAAUAAUAACUCCACGAGCACUCAAACAAAGCCAUCUAAUCCCGAUGGUGAAUGCCAAGAUACGGAAACAUAUUUGGCUGAUAAGAAGGACUGUGCCCGAUUCUAUCGAUGCGUAGAGAAUGGUAGCGGUGGCUUCAAUAAAGUUCCUUUCGAUUGCUCCCCUGGAACGGUUUGGGAUCCAGAUACGAAGGGAUGUAACCAUCCAACAGAUGUGCAAAAGGAGCAAUGCAAGGCUAUGGCCAAUGGAAGUGGAUCAUCAUCCAGCCAAGGCUCCUCUUCCAACCAGGGAUCAUCCUCAAGCCAGGGAUCUUCUUCCAAUCAGGGAUCAUCCUCCAACCAGGGCUCUUCUUCUAACCAGGGAUCAUCUUCAAAUCAGGGUUCCUCUUCUAACCAGGGAUCAUCUUCAAAUCAGGGUUCCUCUUCUAACCAGGGAUCGUCCUCCAACCAAGGAUCGUCAUCUAACCAGGGAUCAUCUUCCAGCCAGGGUUCUUCAUCCAACCAGGGAUCAUCUUCCAAUCAGGGUUCCUCUUCCAACCAAGGAUCAUCUUCCAAUCAGGGAUCGUCAUCUAACCAAGGAUCAUCAUCUAGCCAGGGAUCUUCCUCCAACGAAGGAUCAUCUUCCAAUCAGGGAUCAUCUUCGAGCCAAGGAUCAUCCUCUAACCAGGGUUCAUCUUCGAACCAAGGAUCGUCCUCUAAUCAGGGUUCCUCUUCUAACCAGGGAUCAUCAUCGAAUCAAGGAUCUUCCUCAAAUCAGGGAUCAUCUUCAAAUCAAAGUUCUUCGUCUAACCAAUCGUCCUCGAAUCAAUCCUCCUCCAAUCAAUCGUCAUCAUCUAACCAGACAUCAUCAUCCACUACACAAAAGCCUUUCAAACCUGCAGAGAAAUGUGAAAGUGAGGAAACUUUCUUGGCUGACAACGAAAACUGCUCGAAGUUUUAUCGAUGCGUGGAUAAUGGUAAGGGUGGUUUUACAAAAGUAUCAUUCACCUGCCCUCCAAACACGCUAUGGGAUCCUGAGGCCAACAGCUGUAACCAUCCUGAUCAGAUCCAGACCAAGCCGCUCAAAUGCAAAAAGGUGGUUAGCCAAGGCGGAAGCUCCUCUAACAGCACCAGCAACUCCUCGAGUAGCUCAAACAACAGUGGUUCCUCGUCGAACAGUGGAUCAUCUUCCAGUUCAUCAUCCUCCAACAGUGGCUCCUCCUCCAAUACAGGUUCAUCGUCAAACAGUGGCGCUUCUUCCAGCGGUGGCUCAUCGAAUCAAGGCUCAUCCUCCAAUAGUGGCUCCUCUUCCGGCUCGAACUCUUCUGGAAAUCAAUCGACAUCUUCGUCAACAUCGUCUUCAUCAUCAUCAAGCAAUAAUAAUAAUCAAGGUUCCUCCUCAUCGUCCUCCUCCAGCAGCAGCUCGACUUCGUCAAAACCAAAUCCAUCUGAAACCUGCAAAGUUAAUGGACAAUUUAUUGGCGAUCGAUCGGAUUGUGCCAAAUUCUAUCGCUGCGUCGAUAAUGACAGAGGUGGCUUCAAUAUGGUACCCUUUAGCUGCGGUCCUGGCACUGUUUGGGAUGCCCAGAUGCAGGCCUGUAAUCAUGCGUGGGCAGUAAAGGAAUGCGGUGGUAUUGCUCCACCUACAACUUCUACUCCGACGACCUCCAGGCCAACAACGGCAAGCACUUCUAGACCUUCUGACCAAACUUCAACGUCGAGACCCACAGGUCCGCCCACUACCGCACGUCCAGUGACUGCCAGACCAACCACUUCUUCUCCAACAACAGCUUCAUCAUCCCAAACCACAUCUCCUGUUACUCAGGCACCCAAUACGGAUGGCAAAUGUCGAUCGGAGGGCUUUAUGGCUGAUCCCAACAACUGCUCCAAAUUCUACCGCUGUGUAAGGAACAACAAAGGCGGCUUCACCUCAAUUCCAUUCCAAUGUGGAGCUGGUACCGUAUGGGAUCAGGAUCUGCAGACCUGCAACCACAAUUUCAACAAUUGCAGUACGGGCACUGAAAGUACCACUCCAAAACCGCCUUGUGAGCCAGCAACAAAUGGAACAACGGCCACGUCUACGUCCUCGACCACCACACCUCCACCCACCACCACUGAUUUACCACCCACUUCAACAACAGGAUUGCCGCCUACUACAACAACCGAGUUACCUCCAACUACAACCACAGACUUACCUCCUACAACAACUACUAGGUUGCCUCCCACUACAACUACUAGCUUGCCUCCGACUACAACAACUGGACUGCCACCCACCACGACCACAGGAGCUCAACCCACUACAACAACAUUGAGUUCGGAAACUGAAACAUCAACGGUAACCACAAGUCCGGAAAGCACCACGCAACCACCGUCUACAACCACUAUGAAACCCCUACCAGCUGGAACGGAAUGCACAGGAGAGGGAUACAUGGCCGAUCCCGAAGAUUGCAGGAAAUACUACCGAUGCAUCAAUGCUGGAGCUUCCUACAGAAAGUACAACUUUACGUGUCCCAAGGGCACGGGAUGGAAUGAAGAAGUUCAGACCUGUGACUACGUGGAGAAUAUACCAAGGUGCUCGAAGUUACCCGCUGAACCAAUCACUACGACACCAAGUGAAGAGUCCAAGGAUCCCGGAAGCACCACUCCGCAGUCAACGGAUGAGCCCACCACAGUGACAAAACCCAUUACAAAACCCACCGAAGAACCUUCAACAGAAAAACCUCAAAAGCCGACCACUCAAUAUCCGGAGAAGCCAACCACCACAGAGGAACCAGAAAAGCCGCAGAAGCCGACUACAACCGAGUAUCCUCAGAAGCCAACCACCACGGAGGAGCCUACCCCUGAGAAGCCCCAGAAACCCACUACAACCGAAUAUCCUCAGAAGCCGACCACCACGGAGGAGCCUACUCCAGAGAAGCCCCAGAAACCCACUACAACCGAAUAUCCUCAGAAGCCGACCACUGAAGAACCCACCACCACAAGUAUUCCGGGCUACAAUCCAACAACAACGUCUGUUCCGGGCUAUAAUCCAACAACAACGCCGAUUCCGGUAGAAACUACAACCUCAACUCCUGGCUAUAAGCCAACUACCACCGGCGAACCUAUUACCACGACCACAUUACCUUCCACAACCACGGAUGCAAUUCAAGAGCCUACAACCUCAAAAAAACCCGAACCCACAACAACCACGGAAAGUCCCGAAUCCAGCACCCCUGAAGGUUCAGUAACCACUCUUCAGCCGGAGCCACAGCCUAACUAUAACUGCUCAUCGGAGGGAUUCUUCCCAGAUCCCGAGGACUGUAGUCGCUAUUACCGUUGUGUGGAUGCAGCCAAAAACGGCAAAUAUCAGGUUUAUGCCUUCAAGUGCGGCAAAGGAACUGUUUGGGACACGUCCACCGAGACCUGCAAUUACGCCGAUCAGGUGUCUGGCAAUUGCUCAUCGGGACAGACGACCACGCCGGGAACGACUACGGAACCUGGUACGACGGAGAGUACAACCAGCUCUGGAAAACCUGAAACCACCUCAAAGGCCCCUGAAAACACCACAACAUGGGCUCCUGAAACCACCACUACAUCGUCUCCUGAAACCACCACCACAGUAGCCUCCGAAACCACUACUACUACUUCUGGCACAACCACCACAGCCACUCCUGAAACCACUACAAAACCACCCAAGCCUGAAACCACUACCAUAGCUGGGGAAGAAACAUCAACGUCAAAAUCGCCUACCACUACGGAGAGUCCUGCUCCCAGUACCAAUACCUCUGCUCCUUGUCCCGAAACCGGACCAGGUCAGAACGUGUACGUCUGCCCCACUGGAUUCCGCCGGCAUCCGGAGAAGUGCGGCAUGUUCUACCAGUGCAGCGAAAGUGCCGAUAACAAUGAUCUUAACAUCGUGGUAUUCCAAUGCCCCAACGGAACCGUCUACCAAGACAAGUCCUGCAGCUGUGGCAAGCCACCGGCAGGUGACAAGUGCUCCAAGGACAUGAAGAGGACCACCAACGCGUUUGAAGAGGAAACGAAACUUCAGAAUGUGGUUCAAAUCAGCACGACAGAUCCGCUCUGCCCGGAUGAGGGUCACUUCGCGCUCAACAACGACCAGUGCGGCCAGCUGUUCGUCAAGUGCGGAUUCUCGGAGCUGACGGGUCGCAUCGAAGGCCAGAUCCACCGCUGUCCGCAGGGAUUCGCCUACUGGAACGUUAGCCGACGAUGCGAGCCCGCCCGCAAGCUGCCCAACUGCACGCCCACCACCUACAAUGUGGGCGGAAACGUGCCGCUGGAGUGGCUCAACAUUGGCCAUAGACGCCGCAGCAUGCGCAUUUAAUUAGAUUUAGUCUAGAUUCACUUAGUCGCCCGCCAUUGUUCGUUUGCUGCGCCAGCACUUGAUGGCCAGCUUGGCAGCUAGCUGAUUGCGAUCGAGGCAAUAAGCUGGCGCAGCAAACGAUCGAACCGAAGAGUUAGCUUAGGACGUAGGGAAAUUACAUUAGGUUAAGCACGGGUGCAGCCCUCCGACAUUUAUCUUACAAGUGGGAACUUAAAACAAGUUAGCCUAUAAUACAACCAUAUAUUUCUAUAAUAUAUAUUGCUUCGAUUGUUGGAGGGUAAACUAGAUUCUUGGUGUCGGACUGCUAGCGAGACUGCACUUUACGCAUUUGAAAAGGAAACAAAAGGUUUUGAGUAGUCUUCCUAUAGUGGAAACAGGCACAGCCUUCACUACACACACGUAAAUGCUGUAGCUUUCAUGCAGUAAUUGUAUUUAUGCUUAGAGUUAAAACAUACGUUCUGAACGCCAUAUACAAUAUAUCUUAGACUAUGCUUAAAGAUUAUAAUAAAUUGAAUCAUAUACAGA